AUGCGGUUGGUUCUCUUUCGUGUGUCUUCUCACAAGACUUACAGGAUCAAGAGGUUCCUGGCCAGGAAACAAAAGCAGAAUCGGCCCAUUCCCCACUGGAUUCGGGUGAAAACUGGUCAUAAAAUCAGGUACAACUCCAAGAGGAGAAGAACCAAACUGGUAUUACCCAGUGGUUAG